UCACAUUCUUAAAUUAAACAAUCUCAAAUUACUUGUAUAAUCCCCUUCAAAGUCCUAUAUACACAAUAAAAAUCUUGGUCGAAAAAGAAACAUUUGUGUACUCUAUAUAUUUGCUCUUCUUGUUUUUGCACUUAAUUUGUAACUACAUUUUUCUCUAUGGCUGAUCAGCAAAAAAUCCAUCCGGUUUCGGCUCCGGAGCCGGAGCAGGAAGCGCUACCCAAGCCAACAACCCCGUUGGUGCCACGUAACUCUUCCCGGUCGGAGAAUGGCGAUCCUGAGCGCCAGCAGCCACCGCCGUUGAAAAGGUCAUUAACUCCAUAUUCACCCUCAAAGCCAACAAAAAAAAACUGUUGCAAAAGAUGUCUAUGUUGGACAUGUUGCCUAUUUUUCUUACUAAUAAUACUCCUAGGCAUUGCAGCAGCCAUAAUUUACUUUGUCUUCCAGCCAAAAAUACCAAAAUACUCUGUCGACAGCAUGAGAAUUACACAAUUCAAUCUCAACAACGACAUGAGCUUGUCCGCAACAUUUAACGUGAACAUCAGUGCACGAAAUCCCAACAAGAAGAUUGGAAUUUACUAUGAAAAUGGAAGUCAUUUAAGUGUAAGGUAUAAAGGAACAAAUUUAUGUGAAGGGUCAUUACCAAAGUUUUAUCAGGGCCAUAAAAAUACUACUUUACUCAACAUGAACUUGACAGGACGAACAGAAAAUGCUACAAAUUUGUUACAGUUAGUGCAGGAAGAUCGACAGAGAGGAAAAAUUCCAUUGAAUAUUCGUGUGAAGGUUCCUGUGAGGAUUAAGUUGGGCAAAUUGAAGCUCAUGAAGUGGAAAUUCUUGUUGAAAUGCAGGCUAAACGUGGAUAAUUUGUCUCAGGAUAAUGUUAUUCGGAUUAGGGAUAAUAAGUGUACGGUUCGUUUUAGGUUUUAAUUGGUACAUUAAUUCGUUAUUACUAUGGUACUCCACUUGACCACCAUUAUUAUAUUUCUCUUUUUAUUUUUUGCUUACAAUAAUCAGGUGGAGGAUUGUAUAUAGAUUGUAUUUUUUUUUCUCGCUGAGCUUGUUAGAAUAAUGGUGAUACGUUUAUACAUCAUUCUAUUCAUACUACUUUGUAUUUAAGUUAUUAUAGUAAUAAAUUACUACAGUUGAAACUUUUUAUCUGCA